AUGUCUAACGAGGAAGUGUUCACCCACGCGAUUAAAAAAUAUAACACCAAUGAACUCGUUAAAUAUUUACAGAAGAAAGGUCUAAAACUGGAUGAUGACGACUUUACGAUUAUUCGUAAGGAAAAAAUAGCAGGCCUUGAUUUUCUUGAAUUGACUAAGGAAGAGUUUCGCAGUAUUGGAUUUGCACUGGGUCCAGCUACAAGACUUGUAAAAUUUGUUACGGAACUCAAAGAGGCAAAAGCACCUCUUCACGAACAAAAACAACCAGGUUUCCAGGAAAAUGAUAAAUUUCAAACUGCAGAAACUAACAAGGUUACGGAACUCAAAGAGGCAGAAGCACCUCUUCACGAACAAAAACAACCAGAAGGUUCCCAGGAAAAUGAUAAAUCCCAGACUGCAGAAACUAACGAGGUGAAAUUCAUUACGGAACUCAAAGAGGCAAAAGCGCCUCUUCACGAACAAAAACAAUCAGAAGAUUUCCGGGAAAAUAAUAAUUUGCAAACUGCAGAAACUAGCGAGAAGAUUCAUGACCCAUGUGUUAAUAUAUCAACUACAACAUCUGAAAGAAGCUUGAAUGAAACUUAUUUGCCCGAGAUUGCCUCUCAGCGUCUUCGUUAUUAUGAAAUUUGGAAUCGACCAUAUGUUGAUUGGCCGUGUCUUGAAGAAUUUUCAAAUUAUUUACAUGAUGUUGCAAAAGAUCGCGUGCACAAUUCAUUUAAAAUGGAAAUCAAAGUUUUGCGAGAAUUAUUUACAAAAGAUCAUCCCGCACAACUUUGUCUUACAUACUUGGAGGCUCAAUUAAAGAUGCGACAGAUACCACGGAAAAUACAGAAGACUUGUAGAAGAAAAGUAGCAAAAGCAAUAAAACUACUUACCAAGAAAGAAGUUGUAAAAGAAGAAAUAGAAAUUGCAAAGAAUUCCGUUAUUGCAGAUGGGUACCAUCGGAUAAAUAAACAUUACGAAGAUUAUCAUGAGGCAAGCACUCAACUCGUUAAGCGAAAUUUAUCUGAUGAUGGGAUUAAUGAGCCUCUAGCUACAAAAAAA